GUGGCCAAAAUCUGUGGAAAUUAUACGGCAGAGUACGUCGCUUAUCAACCGCAGGUCCUAUUCGUAUGGCAGAUUCGAGCAUUGCACGACACUAAACACGACCAUACCCAAGAUGAUGUCGUCCACAUGCAUUGAAGCAUUGUCCGCUGAAGGUCGCCAGGACUUUUACAGCUCGUUUGACACCGUACUCACUGAUUGCGACGGUGUACUGUGGCUGCUGAACAACACAAUACAGGGUGCCACAGAAGUCAUGAACGGCUUCAAGGCGAACAACAAGAAGGUGUUUUUCGUCACCAACAACAGCACUAAAUCCCACACGCAGUUCUUGGAGAAGUUUCACGCACUAGGAUUCAAAGCCCUUGCCAAUGAAGUGGUCAGUACUAGUUUCUUGGCUGCAAAAUACUUAAAAGCCAAUCUCGAUCCAUCUAAGCAAGUUUAUGUGGUUGGAUCCCCAGCUAUUGCAUGUGAACUAGAUGCAUUGAAUAUAAGACACUUCGGUGUUGGUGAAGAUUAUUUAAAAUCUUCUGUACCCACAUUUGUUGAAAACAUAAAGCUUGAACCUAACGUUGGUGCUGUGUUGGUUGGAUUUGACGAACAUCUUAGUUAUCCAAAACUAUUUAAAGCUGCAUCCUAUUUGAAGGAUCCUAAUGUCCUGUUUGUGGCAACUAACACUGACGAGAGUUUCCCAGUGCCUGGGACAGGUUUAGUUAUGCCUGGCACUGGUAGUCUGGUGUGUGCUGUCAAGACUUGUGCUGGACGAGAGCCAUUUGUUGUUGGCAAACCGUCAAGUUAUAUAUGCAAUGUCCUAACAGAAACUAGUAAAAUCGAUCCUUCGAGAACAUUAAUGAUUGGUGACCGUUGCAACACAGAUAUACUGUUGGGUAAACGUUGUGGUUUUAAAACACUGUUGGUAUUAACUGGUGUUAAUAGCCUGAAGGAUGUGGAAGAGUGGAGUAAUUCUGAUGAUCCUAAAUUACUAGAGUUGGUACCUGAUUAUUACGCUCAGAGUAUUGAUAGUUUAAGAGCGACAUUUCCAGUGCCAUUGUAAUGAUUAAAUUACAAUUAUUACUAUUUAUUUUAAAUAGAUAAUUAAAAAUAUUAAACUAAUGCAUUUUAGAAAAAUUAUAUUGUGUUAUCACUGUUUUUAGACAAUUUUUAGGGGUGGAUCCUUUAAAUGUUUUUUCACAUUCUGUUCAACUUAGCUAUAUUUUAGUCAUAAGUUAUUGUUCAACAUUGAUUUUACUUCAAUCAUAGCAAAAAUUAUGGAAUGUAUUUCAUACCCAUCAUUAUACAGUGUAUAAUGUUUUUGGAAAUGUUAAUUCUCUAAUAAAAUGUGUAUUUUAUCUUAAAUAGUACAAUGUAU